AUGUCUAAAACACGAGUCAAAUACGUAAAAAUCUCCAUAAUUAUCGCCAUUUCCCUUCUAUUCGUAUUCAUAUACUAUGACAAUCGAGAGGAACGGGUGUUUUUCGACGAGAACUACAUCCAAAUGGGUGGCUCCCAGUACACCGACAGGUCCUGUCAUUUGCCGCUAAACGUGAAUCCUUUCGACGAAAGUGUCGCCAAAUAUAUAAAAGUGUUGCCAAAGAGUAUUGAAUGCAAGUAUGAAACGGACCCCAAAAACGGGCUGACAUUCGUCGACAGCGCCGGUACCCUACGCCAGAGUGUCGGCCAUUAUAAGUGCAAAUAUCAGUGGUUCGACAGAUUGGUCGGUAAUGACAACCAAAUAGUGUAUAAAUCGUUGCGAGUGUUGGACCCGCGGAAUGGUAUACCAAUGGGUGAUAACAGCUUCGUGUGGACGGAGUGCGAAGACAUGGCCGGCCGGAAGGUCUACGAAAACACGCACUUCUGGUUCCCGUUGACGGCUAACCCGAACGCCAGUGCCUCCAGUGAUAGCACCGACAGGCCGUCGGUCCUAAUACUAGUGAUUGAAUCGCUUUCGCGCGUAAAUUACUUGCGAUUUAUGCCUCAAACGAGAGACACCAUCGAGAAGUUAGGGAAAGUGGUGUACAUGAAAGGGCUGACCAAACUGGCCGACAACUCCUUCCCAAAUAUGGUGCCGUUCCUCACGGGUAGGCGUGUCUGGCAUAACGAGCUCCGGGACGAGGACUUCGGUCCGUACGACGACUGGCCGUUCGUCUGGAAGGACUUCUCGCGCGCCGGCUAUAAGACGGCACUCAUUGAGGACUUCCCGACGUUUACUCUGUUUAACUACGAGAGCAAAGGGUUCCGGGAGAAGCCGGUGGACUGGUAUCCCAGACCCUAUUGGAUACACCUGUUCCGGGAUGUGUCGAAAAUACUGUUGGGUUUAAUACCAUUCGAGUUAAGCAACUGUUAUAUCGAUCGCUACCCGAAAGUGGAUCUGUUUUUACAGCAAAUCAAGCACUUUAUCACUGAAUGCAAUGCCAAACACUUCCCAUACUUUGCGUUCAGUUUCUACAUCGAAGUCACACACAAUGACUUCAAUAGAGCCCAACUCAUCGAUUCACACGUUUCCCAGUUUUUCCACCAAAUGAGACAUCAAUUGAAUAAUACUAUACUUGUGUUAAUGGGAGAUCACGGCAACCGAUUCGGACCGGUAUUGCAGACAGUGAUCGGUAGGAUUGAGGAGCGGAUGCCGUUGUUUGGCGUCAGAAUACCGGACCAAUUGAGCCAAAGAUAUCCCCAUUUGUUGGCAACACUCGAGUCUAAUAGCGAGCGACUGAUGACUUGGUUAGACUUACACCACUUGCUGGCGGACAUCGCCUCUCGUACGUCAUUCCUCCUAUGA